CUGUUGGAUUGGAUUUGCUACGCUUUGGCGUUUGUUGUUAUCUAGCUUUAAUGGACAAAUUAUUAGAUUUUUUGCCAGAUACAAGUAAACAAUAGAAUAACUUUUGCAUUUGCAUAAUGUUUAUUUACUUAAAGCAAUGUGUUAAACAUUAAUAUUAGAACUGAUAUGCUACUGCAUUGUUAUUUGUAUACUGUUAAUACAACAUUAUUUAUAUAACUUUAUAGAGAUCACAAAAUGUUGAAAAAACUGCGUUGGACUGUAGGUUUCAUAUUUUUGAUAUUAUGCAUAAUAUUGUUACGGCAAUAUAUUUUUGAUAACAAUCAUCCAACAAGAUUAACAAAAAUGAGCUACAAAUUGAAGGAUACUGAAUGGAAAAUCCGGAACAAACAUCCUGACUCUGAAUUGGAUAAAAAAAUCUCAUUGGAUAAACUUCGAUAUUGUCGACAUUUUCCCUGCAAGAAUAAAACUGCAUCAAAAAAUAACAAUUUACCUUUGAAAAGAAAGAAAACCAUUUUACUGUACAAUUCAUUCUGGGAAAUGAAAGGAUGGCAAUUUGGUGUAGGUUCAGAACCUUUCAAGAAGAAAAAAUGUCAUUAUGAUCAAUGUAGGGUAACACAUAAUCGGAGUCUUCUAGAAUCUAGUGAUGCUGUUUUAUUUCACAUUACACAGUUAGGGCAGGACAAACCAAAAAUCCGAUUCCCUCACCAGCGUUGGGUGUUUUUCCAAAUGGAAAGCCCAGUCUUGAAUGCUAACGAGUAUAAAAACUGGAAUGGACUGUUUAACUGGACAAUGACAUAUAGGAGAGAUUCUGAUAUUCACAUCAGAUAUGGUGCAGUCUUGCCAACAUCUGAGACGAAGGACAUGUAUUUCUAUCACAGCUCAAAUGCUAUAAAACUGAAUGCUACCAAAAAGACCAAACCACUUGCAUGGCUGGUUAGCCAUUGUUACACCCAAGGUAAAAGAGAGAAACUGAUGAAACAGUUACAGAAAUACACGCCAGUUGACAUAUAUGGGGGAUGUAGCAACAAGAAUUUAAGAUGUGCAAGAAACACUAGUGCACAUGAUGCACAGUAUGAUUGCUUUAUGAUGCUAGGACAGAAAUAUAAGUUUCACUUUGCAGCAGAGAACUCGAUGUGUAAGAGCUAUGUUACUGAGAAACUGUUCAACACUUUGGCAUAUGGCAUGGUUCCUCUUGUCUAUGGCCAUGAAGACUAUUCAGAAAUUCUCCCGCCACACUCCUAUAUUGACAUUACCAAGUUUAAAAAUGCAGAAUCUUUAGCAACACUCCUGACAGAUCUGCAUAAUGAUGAUCAACGUUAUGACGAGUAUUUUGCUUGGAAGAAGAACUACACUGCAUUUGGUUACACUGACAGUUACCACCUCUCCUGGUGUGAUCUCUGUGAAAAACUCCAUACAGACACAACACCCAAAGUAUACGACCACAUAGACCAAUGGUGGAAUGAAGACACCGAUUGUAUUGACCCAAGUGAUUUAAUGAAAUCAUGGAACAUUUAAUUCACCUUAUUGGUAAAGGCAAUUGUUGCAUACUAUUUAAAAACAUUAUUUUGUAAAUGAUAUAUUUAGAGGUUAUGUCCCUUAUACGUGAGAUAUGCCUGAGUUCUGCCAAUAUAUGCCAACGUUUGGAGGCUCAAUAUUUGAGCAAGAGCAAAGGCAUAUUUCAUGUCAAAGUGACAAAACUGAUCUAGCUUAAAGCUUAUUUAACUUCUUAACAU